AUGUCGAUCAGUUGGGGUGCACAAUAUCCAAAGCUCAAGACAAACUUACGGUUAGCCAUAAAUCGUCUUCAAUUGUUAGGAAAGAAAAAGACGGAAAUGGCUAUGAAGGCAAGAACUGAAAUUGCUGAUUAUAUCAGUGCUAAUAAACCAGAUCGAGCUCGAAUUCGCGUGGAACAUAUCAUCAGAGAAGAUUAUGUUGUUGAAGCUUUUGAGAUCCUCGAAAUGUAUUGUGAUUUACUUUUGGCGCGGUUUGGUCUUAUCGAGCAAAUGAAGUAAGUUCUUAUAGUUUUUCUAGAUGUAUAAGCAAAACAAUGGGUUUAGAACGCUUGAUGAUGGUAUUGCUGAAGCUGUUAUUAGCAUUCUAUGGGCAGCACCUCGUCUAGCUACUGAUAUAUCUGAAUUCAAAACAAUCAGCGAUCAACUGACUGUCAAAUACGGAAAACCAUUUGCUGAAGCUGCGCGUGCAAAUCAACUCGAAUUCCCAGCGAAAGUUAAUCCAAAACUUGUUGCGAAACUUAGUGCCGCAGCUCCACCAAAACUUCUUGUUGAACGAUAUUUGAUCGAAAUUGCGUCGGCUGCUCAAAUAGCAUUUACUCCAGAUCCCGAUGUGAUGAGAGAAGACGAAGUUCAUCAAGCCGAGCAAAUAUUAAUUGAUUUUAAAAAUGCUGGAGGAGCAGGACUUCCACCACCACCACCGAGCAAUGUUAGUUACUUUUACAUUGAACAAAAUGUUCACAUUCAUUUUUAUUCAGAAUCCAUAUGGAGGCGGGGGUAUUCCUCCUCCACCACCAAGCAGUGGAGGUGGCGGAAGUGGAUAUGGAUGGUCAUAUGACGGAACUCCCAUUCAACAACCACAUCAAAUUGGAGCUGGAGUUCAACAACCUCAUCAAGUCGGAGCUGGAGUUGUUCCUUCAGUUGGUGGAUAUGGAAUUCCUCCAAGAGGUAAGUCAAGCAUGUAACUAUUAAUUUUGCAUGAAAAGUGUGAUUCUAAUCACUUUUCAUGCUAUUAGUGUUUUUAUUAGAAAAAAAGUUUAAUUCCAUGUGUUAUAGACGACGAAAAUAUUUAUGAUAUACCAUCAACACCCGGUAUGUUAGAGCUUUGUUAUGCUAGAAUAUUUUAGUGGUUAAUGCGAUUAAUCAUUUGUGAUGUAUUUUUCUUUAGUUAUUGAAUGUGGUUUUGAAUCUAUCCUUUCAGUUAAUUCGCCUAUCCUGACCUCCUACAAAACAAACAUUGAAAAUAGUUUUUUUUUCAGGAAAUAUUUAUGAAGUCCCCGCAAGAGAUAAUUAUGAUUAUCCACCAGAUGCAUAUGAACCAUCAGGACAAGUGUAAGUUAUAUUCAAAAACAUUUCAUCGUGUAUAUUUAUGUUUUCCAGAAACAAUCCAGGAAUAAUCAGUUUGCCAAAAAUCGGUCCAAAUGGUCUCCCAGUGUAUUCUGCCAAUGCUCCUGUACCAGCAAUUCCACCACAAGAUAAAGCAUAUCCGCCAUUAUCACAAAGGGUCAGUACUUUUUGAAAAUUGGAAAAUUUAUUUGAAGUGCUGGGAAAUUUAAAAAGACAAGUGAAUUUCUCACUAUAGAACUAAAAAAAUCGAAGUUAAAUGUUCCUCCCUCACAUUUUUGUGAUGCGUUGUUUUUUUUCAAACAUAUCCUCUAGCUCUACAUAAAAAUAAUCUGAUCUACUCAAACAAUCACAAAUCUAGUGUUCUUUUUUCUUCCGUGCUUCUUCUUUUGUCUUUCUUUUUCUUCUUCGUUUUUUUCCUUUUCCAUGUGGUUUUUCUCGUUGGCUCAUCUCCCAAUGGAUUCAUUUUUUCUCGACAUUCUGGUGAAUGUGUGUUUUGACGAUAGGAGUAAUGUUUUUUUUUCUGUUCAACUCCUCAACUCUUGUUUCCUCUUAUUUUUUAUUUUCUAUUAGUGAUGUGUUGUUGGCUGACAAAGUUGAUUGAUCAGCUCGUUUGGCAGACUUUGGCUGAUUUUUGAUGUGGGAAAUAGAAAUAUCAAAUUUCGACUGUUUGUUUUUUUUUCACAGAGGGAUGGAUCAUGAGCAAUUUUUAUUGUUUUCUUUUUUGUUUCAGAUAAUUUAGUUUCAGCUACCACUUUUUUAAAGAUUUUCCAAUAGCUUUCUUUUCAACUUGGGAAUUCUCAUAUCUCCUGAAAUUUUGAGUCGAACAUAAGUCAUUUGUUAACAUUUUGCACGAGGAUUUUGCACAAGGAACUUCUGGGUUUGAACAUUCUCUUUUUUGUUUAUCCCAAUGGUAAUGUAACAGGUUUUUUUCUAAUUUUGAGUUUCCACUUCCAUCCGUUUUUUAUUCCAAAACAUUAAGUUUUGUAGUCAUUUCGUAAUUUCGAAGUCUGAACUAAUAAUUCUUCUAAUAUUAUAAAGGGAAAAACUUCAUUUAAAGUUUUAUUGGUUGGAUUUUUUUCUAGGCACGAAAAGAACUUUUCACAGACUUUUAUUCGUAUUCCAAGUGUUCAAUUAAUUUUAUUUUCAUGCUUUCAUUCUUUGAACUUUGAACCACCAACAUUUUCUUUUUUUUCCAUUUUUUUUUUUUGCUUGAUUCUCGUCGUCCAAUUUUUUAUUCGGAACCAAUUGGAUUUAGCAAUUUUGUCAACCAUAAAAACGACAUCAUCUCAAAAUUUCGAAUAAAAUUGAAUGAGAUAAUAUUCGGAAAAACAGUGAUUCUCUAUUUUUAUUCUUCUUUUUUCAUAUUAUUUAUGGGUUACUGUAGAUAUGUUAAGGGCGUGGCUAAUUUUGCUGUUUUGCUCAAAGAAAAUUGGAUCAGUAGCCUUCUUCUUCUAUUUUCUUUUUGGUGUUUCCACAGCUUUGUACUUUAUUCCAUUGAAAAAGGGAAACGAGAAAGAAGAUUGACUUUUGUUUUGAUGUUUUUUCGCUUUUCCAAUUUCCUUCUAUGGGAAACUAUUUUUCUAAAAAGCUGAUUUUGCUUGACUUCUAUUUGAUUUUCUUUUUUAUUUGAAUCGUGUUUCAUCGUUGAAAUAUUCAUGAUUGCUCUCUUGGGAAUCGUUUGUCUUUUGCUCACAUAAUUUUUCUUUAGUUUGAAAAUGCUUCUUCUUUCGAGAACCAAGACGUUGACAGCAGCCGAAGGUCGAAAAAAAUCGAAAAGUGUUAAAAGAUGCGCAUCUUGUAAAAGAUCGUCAAGUUCUCGACGAUCAAAAACACCUGAUCCAGGAUGUCAUGAAAAAGUUGAACAAAAAAAUGAAAAACAUAAAGGUUCCAAGGUAUCAGGAUAUAAUUUUGCAAACACUUCUUAACGAACUUUUUAAUGUUUAAUUUUUUCCAGAACUCUCUUCUUCAACCAUCUGUUCCAUCAAACAAUCCAACUGCUCCACCACAAUCAAUUCGAAAACCUGACAAUUUGGAUGGUAAGUGCAUUUUUUUUUCAAGUUUUCAGUCAUAAAUAACAAAUUUGGCCAAGCUUGAAUUUCUGAUUUAUUUAUUUCUCAAAAAGCGAAUUUUUUGCAGAUUUAAACUUCCCUGAACCACCAACUACAUUUGUUGGAGGACCAAAAGGACCAUCUUCUGGGCCACCACCACCUGGAGGAUCAAAUGGAGGUGGAGAUUUGGAUUUUGAUGAUUUGGCCAAACGAUUUGAUGCGUUGAAAAAACGAAAUAAUUGA